AUGAAGGUCCUCAGCCUGAGCCUGCUACUGGUGGCUCUGCCCCUGAUGUGCCAGUCUCUUCCUGCAACCGACAAAUCCUCGCUCUCGCUGGAGGACAUAGACCUCACGGACAACGAGCCAGGCGAGAGUGUCAAGGAGUCGCAGAUCCACAAGCGUUCAGGCAGCUUUGAUUAUGUGGCGCACCUGAAGUCCGGCCUUCUGUCCGGCAUAGGCCAGGCCUCCGCCUCGAUUGCCUCCGGCAGUUCCGGCGGAAGCAGCGGCGGCGGAGAUAGCUACAAGUCCCACGAGGUCGUUGUCCAUGGCAAUUCGGUGGACUACGACCCUUGGUCCUUUAAGAAGUCCGUGCUCAACACCAUCUUCCAGGCGGUGAAGGCCAUCACAGGCGGGGUCACGGCUCUCAAGGGCCAACUGAUCAAGGGCAGCGGCUACGCCCUGAGUGCGGGUGGCAACCUAGUGGCCGCCGGCGGAGACAAGGUCACCGACGUGGGCAAGUCGAUCAUCAACUCGGCGCACAUCAACUCGCACACAUACGCCACUAGUCACUCCUCCAGCGGCGGCGGCGGGCUCUUCGCCAAGCUGAGCUCCCUGUCCGGAGCAUCCUCCGGCGGCAGCAGCGGUCACAAAUCCCCACCACCGGUCCUGCACACCGAAACAAUCACCACAUACGAGAUACCCACCGGCCACGCCAGCUACGGUCCGCCCUCGAAGCCGCCGUCCUACAGCAGCGCCACCCAUCAGUACCUGCCGCCGGUGGGCGGGUCCAGUUACGUGGGCGGCGGGGCGCCCUUCAGCGUCAGCCACCCGGCGGCCUUCGAAUCGCCGCCGAGCAACUAUCUGCCAUCGGCCUACGGACAAGAUGCCACCAGUGCCAAUAGCAAUGAUUUUAAUAUCUACGGACGCCACACCAAACUGACGGAUGAGGAGGCCCGCAAGGCAGCCCUACAGCUCCAGGAGAUCCUCAGCCUGCUGCCCAACGGAAAGACCGAGUACACGGCCUCCAAGACGGUGGCUCUGGACACGGGAAGUGGUCCCACCGGCUCGGGUUUGGAACAGGCUGAGGUGUACAACAGCUACGGGCUGCCACUGCCCAAUAACCUGGGCACCCUGGAGUCCCUGUCGCACACGGAGUCCAUAACUGCUGCCUACAAUCCGGUGGCCUCGAAGAAUCCGGCUGAUGUGUACCACCAAAUGGCCAAGAGACCGAGUGCCGAGGAGCUGUACAUCCAGAAGCAUCCCAAUGAGGGCUAUGACUACGCACCACCGCCAACGGGAUCAGCUGGACCGCCACUACUUCCCACGCCCCGACCGCCGUCGGAGGCCAGCGAUUAUCGGGUGGAGAACUACCAUGCCUCCAAGAGCAACGCCCUCAAGGAUCUGACGCCCAUCAUUGCCGCCCUGGAGGUGGCCAAGCGGAAGGGCAACCACCACGGCAGUGGACCGCCCGUGUACUCCAUCGAGAAGCAGGUGUACAAGCAGCAGCCGGCACAGGCACCCUUCCAGUACCUGCCACCGGUGGUGCAAAAGUCCAAGUACGUGUACAGUGCACCACCACCGCAUCACCACAGUGGUGGCUACAAGGUGCGCCGCCAUGUGGCGAGUCCCAAGCAUGCCAAGCGAACCGUCUUCCGGCCGCAGGACUACGAGAUCCAGGAUCCGCUGAUGUUCAACCGGCUGAUGGAUGUUUAG